GAUGUUAUCUAUCCAAGAUAACCGACGUACGGCAAAUUACAGUGAACUUUUUAGACACAGAAGUAAAUAUAAAUAAGAUUUAGCGUGAUCUUUCCAUCGAUACCAAUGCCAAUCCAGUACAGCUGUGUAGUGUGUCGUACUACAGUCCUGUGUAGCUACCAAACAGCUCCCGGACCAUUCGAGAAACUCUUGACGUCCCGUUUGCCGGAAAUUGCCUCCUACAAAAGAGGAAAGAAACCCCUCCAAGCCGGCAGUUAUGUGUACUACACGAUCACGGAAGAUGACAUCACAUUUUUAUGUACAGUCACUGCUGACGUCACAGUGAUGCAGUCCUAUGCCUUCCUCAUUCAGGUUAAGACGCUGUUUUGGCAGGCUGGAUUUGGCUCACGAGACCUUUUGUCUGCCGAACCGCACGAACUUGAUGCGGAGUUUGUGGCAGUACUGGACACACAGAUGGAACUGUACUCGUCUGACACAUUACAGGCGGAAGACGAGGUAAUACCGUCAGACAACGAGUCCACAGGCUCAGUAACGAUGGAAUUAGCUGCUCUUGUAGACAAGUUCCAGGAUAUCGACGUAGACGAUGUACAGAAGGACGAAGCAAACGUGGAAGUAAAGGUCAACCUAAUCAAGAACAAGGUCAUAGAAGGAAGGAUAAAGGAAGUUGGUGCACGUUCACAAAAAACAGAACAACUAGAGUGCUUUGUUGAAAAAAAUUCAAAAGAGAUCCUUGCCUUUCGUGAGAACGCCAAACGUGCCAACUGGUUGUUCCGGAAGAAGAAUAGGCGCAUGAGCAUUCUGCUAUGUAUAAUCAUCUCCCUGGCGGUAGUAGUGGUCACAGUAAUUGCCGUACUACUAGGAAUCGGUAUACUGAGAUAACACGACCAGAAAAAUAAGCCAUCUGCAAGAAAAUAGCGACACCUUGCGAGUCAUGUACGGUGGAUGUCAUCGAAAUCGUUCCCCGGAUCACUAUAGAAUAAGGCAGCACUCUCACGUAAUGAAAACAAACUUCUACCAGAAAUGCAUUGUUUCUAGAUCCAAAUAUCUACUGCCAAUGUUCCUUUGUUUCUUACUACGGAUUUCUCAACAUCACAAUAUGUUUUCUAAUUCAUGAAAGUUAAAAAAGAAAUGUUGAAGAGAAAAUCUGUUUUUAAAUAAAUAUAUAUUUUUUAGAUCAAUAGAUGAUUUUACAAGAAAUGGAAACGAAGAAGUCUUUGAACAAUAUCCCAUGGUUUCUAAUGUUCAAUUCACGAUGGAGAGUAUGUUAAUAGGUCAUAUCCUAAUGGACCUCUGGUGUGAUUUGCCAUUCUAUUGAUUGCCUUUAAUAGUCCAAAUGAGUAGAUAUGAUUAGAUCUAGGACCUGUAUACACGGUACGCUAGAUGAUCGACUAUUACAGAUGACUUGCUUUGCUCAAACCAUGCAUUUGUGUAGAAGAUAAUCCUUAUGGCGACACGACGUUGACAUUGAAGUGUAACCAAAUGCAAAGUAUGUAGAUACUCCCUUGUGUGACGACAUGGACCGAAACACGAAUGCUUUUACCGCAUCCGAUUCUAAGACCUCUUUUUCGUGUUUAUGGAGUAAUUAUUUAUUUGUGCAUAUAUAAUGUGCAACUAAUCAAGCUCGUUCAUUUUUUAACCACGUUUAUACAACUCAUGAUUUAUUACAUGUAGCAUUUACAGAAUAUUUUAUUGGCUAGGAUAUAAAGUUAUCAUAUUUUUUAAGACUUCUACAUUGAUAAAAUAUUACUUAAAUAUGAAUAGUGUUUGUUCUCUGUGCCCUCAAAAUGCUUUUGGAAUAAAAUAUUAGCGAAAAAGUUUAUUUUAAGACAUUGUGAUACCGCAAAUAUCAUGGAAUUUAUAUCAUUAUAUCAAAAAUAUUAUUUUUUGUUGCAUCUUUUUAAAGCGUUUGACUUAAGCACUAAAAAGAACAGGUGGUCAGAAAAGUUAUCUGUGGCGAAGUAACGUUUGACAAGGCUGCUCAACAUUGUUAAUUGGCUUCUCAACGCAAGUUACUUGUUUUCAACUACAAUCUGAUAUUUUUUAAUUAUUAUUUAUCUAUUGUGAUAUACGACAUACUUUGCUCUUUGUGUUAAAACGUAUCUAACACCGUUGCAGUUUAUGGAUGGUCAGUGAGUUGGUAAAAUAAUUUCUUUCGGUCAUAAAAAGAUAUUAAAAUAAAACUGUACAAAACUUGUUGGUUUAAAUACGUUAAUGCAGACCAAAUAAUCAUUUUAGGAUCAAGAUGUAUAUAUAAAUCAGCUGAGUGGUCUCUUCAUAAUGAAACAAAUUCCCUUUGUCAAUAUCUAGUGGUGUGGACGAAUGGGCUCAACAUUACAAUGUUUUGAUUUAAACAUAUUUUAUUUGCAUCUAAAAUAUACAUUGAGAGGAGAGAGAGAAUUUGAUUAAGUAUAUAUAUAUAUAUUUUUUUUUUCUAAAUGUAAACAAUCUUUUUCGAGACCGACGGCAGAAGUUUACACAAUACACAUUUCAAAACUUUCAUCUUGAACUAUUGUCCAUCACAUCCCGUGCCUUGGUUUGCUUCCUCCUUGUCGUUCCAUUCGUUCUUGAAAAUCCGUUUCUCUUCUGCCGUCAGCAUCGAACAAGAUUGAAUACAAGAACAUUUAAUUUUACAAAAAUACAAUCUGAUUUUUAUCAUUACGUUUAUCUAUUUAAAUAAUAAAGAUAAAUAAAAACACAUUAGAGUCUGAAAUAUAUUGCUGGGUGCUUUAAUGUUGUCUUCUAAAGAUAAAUUAUUACUACAAUGUAAUAGUAACUGCAGGUCUAGCGGGAUGAAUUCAUUCAAUUCACGGUACAUUUUUAUUCUUUGGUCUGCAUAAUUAUUACAAACAAAGAAGAAGUGGUAUGAGUCUUCAAUGGGAUGACCGCACUGACAGUGACGAUGGACAAUUAAAUUAGAUUGGAAUAGAUCAUCAUUCAAAGUACUAGAUCUAUUUCUCAGUCUGGCUUGCAAUAUAUUGGAUUUCCGAUUUCCGAUCAAGUAAUAAUUUGGAACUUUUGUCAUGGUUCGAAGAGAUUUUUUAAAGACUGCGUUCGAAACACUAUUUCUAAUUUCAAGAUCUAGUUGGUUCCAAAGUCGAGUCGUAGAUGGGAAAAAUGAUAAGUUGGUUAGUUGUAGUCGAAAAUUUGGUAUGCAGUAAUUAUUUGCGUCACGGAGGUGAUAAUGUGAGUUUUCUGAGACUAAAGGGGGCAGUAAAGAAGUUAGAUAAUCGGGCGUGAGUUUGUUAAUAAUUUUGAAGAAUAGCUGUAGUUUCCUCCUAGAACGUCGAUUUGAUAGUGUUUUUUUUAAUCUAAUCUAAUCUAACAAAAUUGAUUGUGGUUCUAGCCCACUUUCAGAAUAUAAAGAAAUUCUACUAGCAUAAGACGGUAAUCCAGUGAUUAUUCCAA